UGAUCCCAAAAUCACCAAUUCCCAAGACUCUCAAUUGAGCUCGCCGACUAGCAAGACCGCUUUCGACACCCAGGUCGCCCCCCCACAACUUUUCCCCAGCCAUGAGCAAACCCACCUUCCACCGAGCCGAUGAGCGGCGCUUCCUCGACGAACGCGGCAGCUCAGGCUCGCUCGCACCCAACGGACUCAACCCGGCGACCAUUAUGGAGAAGGCGGUGCGCGAGCGGAUCGUGGACAGCUAUUUCUACAAGGAGCAGUGCUUUGGUGUCAACGAGGCGGACGUGGUGGACCGGGUAGUCGAGCACGUGGACCACAUCGGCGGCGUGGCGGGCACGGUGCAGAAGCCGACGCCCUUCCUGUGUCUGGCCUUUAAGCUGCUGCAGCUGGCCCCCGGCGACGACGUGCUCGACGAGUACCUCGCCUUUGGCGGCGAAAAGUUCAAGUACCUGCGCGCCCUCGCCGCCUUCUACAUCCGCCUCACCCGAACCGAUAAAGACGUCUACGCCCGCCUCGAGCCGUUUCUCGAGGACCGCCGCAAGCUACGCCGCAAGGGCCGCGACGGCACUACCCUGACCUACAUGGAUGUUUUUGUCGACGACUUGCUCACGAAGGACCGUGUAUGCGCCACGAGUUUGUGGAAGAUGCGGAAGCGGGAUAUCCUGGAGGACUUGGAGCUGCUCGAGCCGCGCGUCAGCCCCCUGGGUGCGCUCGAGGAUUUGCUGGAGGAGGACGACGAAGCGAUGGAGAAUGGGGAUGAUGCGAACGGCGAUGGGCAUGAGCAUGAUUCUGGCUCCGUCAGGUCGAGGUCGCGCUCACGGUCAGGGUCACGGCCACGGUCACGGUCACAAACGAGAUCCAGAUCGGACUCACGGCGGAGGUCAAGAUCAAGGUCCGGCUCAGCUAGGAGGCGCUCAAACCAUGACAGGAUGGAUAUUGACAUCCCGGACGGUCAACGAUCUGAAGGCGAAGCGAGCCCUUGAAACCUCGGCCGGCACGGUUCGAUAUCAAUCAACGGAUCUAUCCCGAUGACGAGCAAAUCGCCGCCCCAAGGUUGGAGUACGGCAUCCGCCCUUAGCGGACACGGUACAGGCGAAUGGAGACCGCGUUCUGCAACACGCCUGGGGCGAAGGAUCCGCCUCUGGUCGAAUUGCCCGGUCGGCCCACGGCCUUUAUAGUGCAGGGCUGAAUUGGGUGCGAGAGACUCGCAAGGGACCGAUUCAGCCGCGUUUCCUUGCAUGGAGAAGGCGCCUAACCAACACCGGCGCUGCAAACAGGCCAAGAAAAUUGCCUGGGCAACAAGACGAGGGUUGAGACACCAAAGGAUGGAUCUCACCAUCACUCCGACCGGGUUGUGACGUAAAGACCAAUUAGUAUGCUUUGUGCAGGUGGUUGGGGGGCACAUCAAACGCAGUUGGCAGAAAGAAGUAUUUGACUGCAGAGGUGUAAUAUAAUACAUUAUAUACAAUCAA